UUUACCAUUAGAAGAAUUUCCAAAAUCAUCUCGAUUUCCAAACAAAUUCCUUUCUAAAGCUUUCCUUUUUAUCAUUUCCUGAUUUGCUAGUAUAAAUGUUUGCAUUGGGUUUUGACGUCGUAAAGCGGCUGAGGCUAGAAAUUGCUGCCAACAAAGAGACUGUUGUUGAAUUAAUAUUGGGGGAGGUUUUAAUUGAAAACAAUUUAAAUUAUUUGGUAAUUCUUGUUGAGGGAAUUGGAAACGUUGUUGGGCGUUGAGGGAAGGGAAGGUAGCUGAUAAUUCUGCAACUGAUGGAAAUGGUCUGGAAAUUAAAGAAUUGAUUAAAACUAGGGUUGUACAUA